CUAUCCAAACUGCUAAGCAACAGGAGCUUUGGUGGUGCAUGCAAUGUAGUUGCGCAAAUGGGACCUGUUUGCAACCCGAGUGCAAAUUUGCACCCAAUUUGCCUUAUUUGCGCGUUCUGAUGUAAAUGCCCCUCAAGGGCCACGAGUCAGAUCGAAAGGCUACUUAACAAAACAGCGUCCAGAUGCCUGCGUCCAAGGAAACCACGCGUCACAACCCUCACGAACAUGGGCCACAGCCCUGCGCGGCACUCGCUCAAGUGCCCGAACACGACGUAUGUGACUUUGGCUGGACCUCCAUCGAAAACGCCGCACGCGUUAGGCCUAGGAGGGCACGGAGGCACAAACGGAAAGCGACGUCUGCUGGGCCAAGCUCCACCUCGGCGGGUGGUAGCUCAGCGAGCUCAUUCGACCGGGCCACUGGCAAGCUCCUGCUCGCCCAGCUCCAACGGCUCUCGGCGGAAGUUAUCCAGCUGCGCGCGCAGCUGGAAGCUGCGCUAGGCCAGGCGAACCUGCCGGCCGUGGAAGCUCCGGCCGCGCAGGUGCCGGCCGCGGAAGUGCCGGCUGCGGAGGCUCCGGCUGCGGAGGUGCCUCCGGCCGCGGAGUUGGCGGCGGUGGAGCUGCCGGCCCCCGAGCUGCCGGCCCCCGAGCUGCGGGCCGCGAAACUGCCGGCCGCGAAGCUGCGGCGGCGCCGAGGCCUCCUGCGGUAUGUAUGCGGGGCGGCGCUGUGCGGCAUGCGGUGGUGGGGCAAGACGCGGGGUUCUGCCGGUGCUUCUAGGCCCUAUGGCGAAAACAUGCAGGGCCGCGAUGUCAACACGGCGUGCAACAUCCGGCUCCUGACGCCAGCUGGCGCAGGCCGGCGGCGCUUAGCCGGCCCGUGGCCCCCGCCGACGCCGUCGCGGCUGGCGGCGGCCGCGGCAGGGGCGGGGAGGCCGCCGGUGUGGGCUGACGGGGCGGUGUUGCAGGAGGAGGUGCCCGCAGCAGUGGCUGCGGGGGCCAACCGGGCGGCUAUGCAUCUCCCGGGCAGCGAGAGCAGCAGCGAUGGCGGUGAGGAGGAGGAGGGCAGCAGCGAGGGCGGUGAGGAGGAGGAGGGCGGCAGCGAGGGCGGUGAGGAGGAGGAGGGUUCAGGCGGCUCAGCGGCCCCACCUUGGAAGCACUGCCGAAGCUAGGCAAGCCCUGGCUUGACAGCCGGAGCGGGCAGGGCUGGCGGCCUUGCCACGAUGGCUGUGAGGCUGUGAGGCUGUGGGGCUGCGUGAGCUUGGACUGGAUUUGACUGGACUGUGGAGCUAUGGGCAGUUGUACUAAAUCUGGCAACUCGGCGAUGGACAUGCCAGUCCUACCAUGUGUGUCAGUCUUCCAUGUGUGCCAGUCUGCCAUGUGUGCCAGUCUUCCAUGUAUGCCAGUUCUGCCAAACAUGGCAGAACUGGCAUGUCCAUCGCUGAGUUGCCACAUUUAGUACAGCUGCCCAUAGCGCCGUGUUUGGCUGAUUGAGCCUGAUUGAUUGAGCUGAUUGAGGUCUGAGACUGAGGCCAGGGCGUGGGCGGCCCCAAAGGUGGUGAUGGGUGUGCGAUGGGACAGUGUCAAGGCAGGUUGGUGAAGUCCCGUAGGGUGCAGCUAAAUCCCAGACCCCAGGUGGUGAUGGGGGUAAAUGGUGGUGACCACAGAUCAGGGUGUGGGCGGUUGUCCUCUGGGAUUGGGCUCAGCCCUUUUCCAAGACAUUCCUGCUUGUGGGCGCUCGGUAACAAUGUUGCAUUUUGCUUGGACUACCGUAGUCCAACACAGUACAGCAGCGGGCUCCGGCAACCAGCACCCAUCUGUACCACUGUUAGGUUAGUGCUGCCUGAUAUGCGUGUGCGCUGUUUGUGUGCUGUGCUGGGCAGUUGCCUAGGCCUGGUAGCUGGACCCCUGCGUGGGCAGUUGCCUGGGCCUGGCCCGGGACGCGUGCUGAUGGGUACCUGCUUAGGGCUGAGUACGCGUGCCUCGUCCUGUAAGUUCGGUUUGAC